AUGUCUGAUGGAAAAUACACUCUUUGGACGGUGGAAGAAGAAGACAAUCUUCAAGAAUGGAUGUCUCAUCAUCAGCAUUUGCCCUGGAAGAAAAAGCGCGAGGAAUACUUCAGGCAGACUGGGAAAUGGAGGUCUAUCAGCUCGCUACGUAGCAAGCUCGAACAAUUAGACCAGGGCAUUCGCCGGCGACGCCCUCUCUAUGAGGAGGUUGUCCAGCCUGCCUAUGCACAGAAACUACCCCUUCAGCGAAGCCUUUUGGAGAAUCUCCCUCUUUCUCCCCCACCGUUGAUCUUGAAGACUCCCGAUCCAGUGGCCCGUCGAAUACUGGAGCAAUGGCGGCAGGCUGAGAUUCGAUUGAGGUGGGACUUUUCUAUCAGCGCACCGACGGAACAACUUGUGGAUUACAACACCCUUUCCCACAUAACGGCCAUACCAAAGAAAGUCACGGUAGCCUCGGACUGGGUACAAAAGAUAGCAAGCCGCGGACUGAUCCAAGGAGGAAUUGCCUGA